AUGGGCAAUGACGGAGGAAGUAUUCCUACACGACGUGAGCUCGUCAAGGAAGCGGCGCGGAACCCAACAGCCACCGAACUAAAAGACAAGCAAAAAGAGCACCUCGCUCACCGUUGGUCCACCUGUCCAGUCUCCCACAAGCCCCUCAGGAAGCCUAUCGUCUCAGAUUACUCAGGCGACCUCUACAACAAGGACGCCAUCAUUCAGUUUCUCUUACCCGCCGAAGCUAGCUCUGUGGACAAGCCAGAGUACGAGAAAUUCAUCCAAGGCCGCAUCAACAGUCUGAAGGAUGUGGUCGAAGUGCAAUUUGAAACAGAACAUGAUGAGAAGACCAGGUCGGACCGAUGGAUCUGCCCCGUCACAUCCAAGGAGCUCGGUCCGAAUGUCAAGGCAGUCUACCUCGUACCCUGCGGCCAUGCUUUUUCACAAGAGGCCAUCAAAGAGAUGAAGAGCGAGGGAAAAUGCGUCCAGUGCGGCACUCCAUACGAAGAAAGAGACAUCAUACCCAUUCUUCCGAGCACUGAGAAAGACAAGGCGCUCGUAAUCGAGCGGAUAGAAGCCUUGCGCUCUCUGGGACUCUCGCAUUCCUUGAAAAAAGCCAGCGGGAGCAAAAAGCGGAAGGCAAAUGGUAGUGACAAGUUGGAACAAGUGCAAAAUACUUCGGAAGUGCAAGCAACCAGGACAAAUGGGCAGGAGAAAUCAUUGCCGUCUAACGCCUCUCGUCCUGCGACAACCCACCCAGGAACCUCGACGCCCAACUUGCCCCAUGGGAUUAAGAAUGCCACAACCGCCAGUCUCACUGCCCGAGUCUUGGAAGAGGAAGAAGCAAGGAAGAAGAGACGGCGUGAGAACGAGAACAUCAGCUCCCUGUACUCGAAGCAUUCAGACGAGAAAGCCAGGAGAGACGGCGAUUUCAUGACUCGAGGGUUUUCGAUCCCUGCAAACGCCCGACACAAAUAG